AUGUCAUACCCACAUCAAAGAUCCGCUCGAGGAUCAUCGGAUCUCAACACUCGAUACCAGCGCAUUUCAUCGCAUCAACAACGGCAACAACAACAGCAGCAGCAGCAGCAGCAGCAGCAGCAACAACAACAACAACAACAACAACAACAACAACAACAACAACAACAUCAACAACAACAGCAGCAACGCCGAAGACAGCAGCCUGUAAGGACAUUCUCGGCAACCACGCCAACAUGGUCCUCGCAACCCGUACCCGAGCCACCGCUCUUACCGCCUCUGGUCGAUCUCGCCAACUGGAUUGCAUCCUUGCCGCAUGUACGCCAAUGGCCCUCUUUGCUGGUGGACAGUCUGCUGCUUGCACCCAUCUCGCAGCUACUGCAGUAUACUCGCGACAUCAUCCUGUCGCCUAGGACACAUCGUAUUGUAGUACGCCUUGGUGUGCUUGCCACCAUCUUUUGGAUCGCUCUCGCAGCCGCUGUGAUCAGUUACGUCGGAUUCUAUCGUGCUUGGGUGCCCGACGUGGGUCUUCGCAAAGAGAUAUGGCUGCAGUACGGCCAUGAUCGUCCUCCCUAUUCUCAUCUCGAUUUUGCCUCUCCAGCUCAGGGAAAUCAUCUCCGCGAGCCGAACCCCUCAUCGUCUUCUUACAAUCCGUCGACCGAUAUUAGCGGCGAAUUCUUUGCUCAAGAUCAGGCGUAUGACAUCACGCUCGAGCUCUCGGUUCCGCUGAAUCAGGCCAAUCUUGACCUAGGCAACUUCAUGGUGGAUCUCGACUUGAAGAGCAGGUCGAACCGGUCCGUCUUCCACGUCAGCAAGCCCACGCUGCUCACAUACUCGGCUGCACCAGUUCGAGCCGCAUCGUCUCUCUCGCAAAUGGUCUCUCGCAAUCCGCCUUCGUCGCAGUCACCCACCAACUCGCAGCUGCUACGCAUCCCUCUUUUGCGCAGAGCCGUGCUGCGACCGUCGUCGUUUGCUCCUCCACUCUCCUCCACACCGCCGGAUCCGCGCGCCGAUCGCAAAGUGACGCACGGGCAGGUGAGCGUGGGUCGAGCAGAUGCAGACAAGUUCUGGAUGUAUGGCGGCAACCAUAACACGCUGGCUGGCGUGCAUACUCUGCCAGGCAACGGUCGUGUCGUGCCUCUGGCUGUGGGCUCGCAUUCCAGCCGCGGCGAGCUGCAGACGUACGCUGCCAGCCUGCGAUUCGAUGCGCACUUGACGGGGCUUCGCUUCUUCAUGUACCAUUUCCCGCUUCUGUCGUUCUUCACGUUCACUACGCUGUUCCUGGCAUUCGAGAUGGCUACGGCGCUGACAUUGUGGGCGGUGGCAGCGAUCUAUACGAGUUCAAUGGCGGUGGCGCCGAUCUCGUUGGAUACGGACGAGCACUUCCAGCAGCAGCAGCAGAAACCGUGGCGUGCGCAACGCCGCUCCGAAGAUGACUACGGAGUCAAGACAGAGAGCGAGACGACGCCGUCUGCCGAGGAACCGUCUCGGUUCAGAUACGAAGGGACCGAGGAAGAGGAGGACGAGACGGAAACAGAGACGGAAGCGAGGCGCAGGUUCAGUCGAGGGCCGCGCAUCAAGGUGGAAGAAUAUAGCGACGACGAGGCAGCAGCGCGGGCUGCUGCCGAGGAGGAAGAGGAAGAGAUGCGGCUGAGGUCGCUCGAGAGUCUGGAAGCAAAAGACGCGGCUGAUCUGGCCGAAGCGAUUCGACAGUCGAGGAUGCGCGAUCUAUUAGAGGCGAGGCGGAUGGGUGGCGCAGGACCGAGUGGAACCAGCGAACGUGGGCUGUUGCCAGGAGAGUCGUUGAUCGACAUUGUCGAUCCGACUUCGCCCAUCUCGCCCGAGGAGCUGUCCGAAAUUCAGCUGUCGAGGAGGGUGCUGGAUCGACUCGACGAGGAGACGGAAGAGGAUACCGAUGUAGCGUCCUCUCGCCCUUCGUCGCGGCUUGCUGCGCGCGGAGUGGCGACGCCUGGGGAAGGCGCAGCGGGAGAGUCAGAGGCGUGGGAGGACUUGGAGGACGAAUCGGCGUCGGGCGAGUCGGCCGCAGGUGCGAGGUCGAGGCACGUGGGGAAAGCAAGCGACGACGACGAGCAGGACGAUGCAGGCGAUAGCACGAUCGGCGGGUCAGCGACUUCGGGCCGACGAACAAUGCGCUCUUUCGGGGCCACGACUACAGCUACUGGCUCGUCUUCCACACGCACAGACUAA